GUGUGACGAAUGGACUCCACCCUGGUCUCCACUGUUCCAGGAAAUGUCCUGUUCUGCUGCUGCUGCUGUUCAUCACACACCAGGACAGAAGUAAGAUUACAGGCCCGUGUAAAAAACCGAAGAAACUCUUGUUUUUUUGCGUGUUUUUUAAUAGUUUUUGUGCAGCAGCAGAAAGGGCGUGGCUUGAUUCCAAAGGCUCCCAGAUUGUCUUUUUUUUGCCGCUGGGAAUUGUGGGGAAAAACACGGAAUUUCCUGUCGCGUCCAAACGUCUUAUUUGGAAUCAUGUCCAGGUCAGACUACCCUCCAGGGUAUGAUGACUCUCAUGGCCCAUUGUACACACCACAGGGUGGGGGAUAUGCACCACAGGGUGGGGGAUAUGCACCUCAGGGUGGGGGUUACCCACCUCCCCCUGCCUAUGGAUUUCCCGGAUAUGGUGGACCUCAGCCAGGCCAGCCCUCAGCUCCCUACCCCACUGGUCCAAACACUCCACUGUUCCCAGGUCAACCAGGGGGCUACCCUCCUGGUGCAUACUCAGGACAACCUCACCCUGCCGGUCCCCCAGGUUCAGGCUUCCCCGGUCAUCUUCCCAUGCCUCCUGUUCUUCCACCUAUGAUUCCAUCAGAUAUCCUGACCUCCAAUGACACAGAUGAAGACGGGUUUGCAGCAAGCGGCAGCGGUUGGGACAGUCUGAGUAUUCGACAUGCCUUCAUCAGAAAGGUGUAUUUGAUUUUGGCCUGUCAGCUCCUUAUCACCACAGCCAUUGUGGGUGUAUUCACAUUUGUUGAACCCGUCAAAUAUUUCAUUCAGAGAAACCAAGCUUUAUACUGGGCAUCCUACGCUGUGUAUUUUGUCACCCACAUGGUGCUGGUCUGCUGUAAAGGCCCACGGAGGAAGUUUCCUUGGAACAUCAUUCUGCUGCUCAUAUUUACUCUGGCUUUUUCCUACAUGACUGGAGCCAUAUCCAGCAACUACGACACAAAAUCAGUGUUUCUUGCUGUGGGUAUUACUGCUGUUGUCUGCAUCGCCGUGACCAUCUUCUGCUUCCAGACAAAGGUUGACUUUACAAAGUGUCAGGGACUAUUCUGUGUCCUGGGGGUCGUUGUGUUUGUGACGGGCAUCAUUACAGUCAUUGUGCUCUCCUUCAAAUAUAUCCCGUGGCUUCACAUGCUUUAUGCGGCUAUUGGAGCCAUAGCCUUCACUUUGUUCCUCGCGUACCACACGCAGCUGCUGAUCGGGAACAGAAAACAUUCCAUCGGUCCAGAAGACUACGUGUUCGCUGCGCUCUCUAUCUACGUGGACAUUAUCCAGAUUUUCCUUUUCCUCCUGCAAAUUAUUGGCUUUGCCCGCAGAUAAAUCCACAAAUGUACAUCUUUGACAAACAGUUUGCAGACAAGAGCCAGGCCACAAAACCAAUCAGUGCUUUAUAAAAGCUUUUCUUGUUCAUACCAUCAUAUUACAUUAUAUUAUAUAAUCAUGAUGCACUCCAGGGAACAUGAUAAAGGGCUGAAACUGACAUUUUGUCAUAUUGUGGGUUAAUCGAAUGCACUUUUUGUCCGAGUCU